UGAAAACUUCAGUCUUGUCUAACGAGUUGAAAGGUUCUAAUCAACAAAUAAACACCAUGCGCUUCCUCGCAUUUUUUGCUAUUUUCCUGUUGGCUUUGGUGGCAUUCAGCAGUGCCGAUGAAAAUGCAGCGAACUGUCCUUGCCCAAGGAAUAGGGAGCCAGUUUGUGGCAGCGAUAAUCAAACCUAUUCCAAUAUCUGUUUGCUCAACUGUAAAGCUAAAAAUACAGGUAGCGAUCUGCAUGUCGUCAAGAAUGGAGAUUGCUAGGUUCCCAACUAGAAUCAGAACAAUACUGAUACAGCUGUGACAAAAAUUGUGAAAUAUUUUAUAAGAUAAUAAUUGAAUAAAUAAUAACGACCAUUGCAAAUUA